UGUAGAUGAAAAAUGCUGCUCCAUUUCUCUUGAGUUCUGAAGUACUCCUUCCGUUCCUUAGGAACGGAGGAAGUACAGUUGUAUAUACGGAUAGUUAACCAACGGCUACAGACUACUCAUCUCUGAAGUCUGGACAACCUCCAUUUGCCCCGCCGGCCGGCGCGUAAGCGGCGCGCCUCCGGCAUCGUCUCUGCCUUGGGAGAAUGCUGCCCCACGCGCCCUGCCGAAACCCGGGCGCCUUCAAGUUCAAACCCCUCCUCCCCACCAAACCGCCUCUCGCAGCCGCCGCCUCCUCCCGCGGGAGCCUCUGCACCGCUGCGGCCUCCCGCCGCGACUUCCUCCUCCUUGCCCCGUCCCUAGCGGCGGCAUCUACAGCCAUCCAGUACUUCCCACUCUCGGCCUCCGCCGCUGACGAUGAGAAGCCUGCCCCACAACCGCCGGCCGCUCCGGCUCCGACUCCGCCGGCCCCUGCGGGGGAGCCCGAAGAGGCGGCGCUAUCAAGGAUGUACGAUGCCACGGUCAUCGGAGAGCCGCAGGCUGUGGGGAAGGACGCGCGGGGGCGGGUGUGGGAGAAGCUGAUGGCCGCGCGGGUCGUGUACCUCGGCGAGGCCGAGCUCGUUCCUGACCGCGACGACCGUGUGCUCGAACUCGAGAUCGCGAGGAAGCUGUCCGAUCGGUGCGCGGAUGCCGGGAGGAGACUCUCGCUCGCGCUGGAGGCGUUCCCCUGCGACCUCCAGGAGCAGCUCAACCAGUUCAUGGAUGGAAGAAUCGAUGGCAACAACUUAAGGUUGUACACAUCUCAUUGGGCACCACAGCGCUGGCAGGAGUAUGAACCUCUUUUAAAUUACUGUCGUGAUAAUGGAAUCAAUCUUAUUGCAUGUGGAACUCCUCUUGAGGUGGUAAGAACUGUCCAAGCAGAAGGAAUUAGAGGUCUUUCAAAAGCACAUAGGAAGUUAUAUGCUCCUCCAGCUGGCUCGGGCUUCAUUUCUGGCUUUACAUCCAUCUCAGGCCGAUCAUUGAUAGACAAGACGUCAUCCACUCACAUUUCUCCUUUUGGCCCUAGCUCAUACCUAUCCGCACAGGCAAGAGUAGUGGAUGAUUAUACCAUGUCCCGAAUAAUAAUGAAAGAAAUUACUAAUGGAGAUCCUUCAGGGAUGCUCGUCGUUGUAACUGGUGCAAGCCAUGUUAUGUAUGGGUCACGAGGAAUUGGUGUUCCUGCCAGAAUAUCUAAAAAGAUGCAAAAGAAAAAGCAAGUUGUGAUUCUUCUUGAUCCUGAGAGGCAAGGUAUAAGGAGAGAAGGUGAAAUCCCUGUAGCUGAUAUAUUGUGGUAUUCUGCUGCCAAGCCAUGCAGUCGAAACUGCUUUGACCGUGCUGAAAUCGCCAGAGUUAUGAAUGCAGCUGGUAGGAGGCGUGAAGCUUUACCCCAGGAUAUUCAGAAAGGCAUAGAUCUUGGUGUAGUUUCUCCUGAGAUACUGCAGAACUUUUUCGACCUUGAGAAAUAUCCUGUUGUGGAUGAAUUGAUUCAUCGAUUCCAAGGUUUCCGUGAAAGGUUACUGGCAGAUCCGAAAUUCUUGAAUAGAUUAGCUAUCGAAGAGGCUAUAUCAAUAACUACAGCUGUCUUAGCGCAAUAUGAAAAGCGGAAAGGACGCUUUUUUGAAGAGAUUGAUUAUGUACUUACAGAUACAAUUAGAGGUUCAGUUGUUGAUUUUUUUACAGUGUGGCUUCCUGCUCCUACUAUUUCGCUCUUAUCUAUUGCUGACGAUGGUUCUGGUGAGAGCUUGGAGCUUCUCAGAGGACUAUUAGGGUCACUUCCAGACAAUGCAUUUCAAAAGGGUAUUGUCGGUCAGAAUUGGGACAUAAACCAGAGAUUUGCAUCAGUGCUAAUGGGUGGUAUUAAACUUGCUGGUGUUGGAUACGUUUCUAGUAUUGGAGCUGGAGUUGCUUCAGACAUCCUGUAUGCUGCUCGUCGAGUUUUGAGACCUUCUGCAAGUGCAGAGGCGGUACAGAUACGAUCUCCCAUCUGGAAAUCAGCAGCUGUUUAUAGUGGCUUCCUUGGAACAUCAGCAAAUCUGCGAUAUCAGGUCAUUGCUGGCCUGGUGGAGCAUCGGCUUGGAGAGUAUCUGGUGUCCUACUAUAAUCAGCCACUUCUUGCCAAUGUGUUGUCCUUUGUCGCGCGGAUAAUCAAUUCAUACUUUGGAACGCAGCUAUGUCUGCUGCAGCAAUGGAUUGAUCUUGCGCGAUCUACAGGCAUCCAGACUAGUGAGGAAGAGCCACCUUCUCCUAACAUUCCGAGCUCAACUGAAAUACCACUGUUGGAAUGUGGCUCAGCAGAAGCUCAGAAUGUGGAUGAUACUACUAACCAAUCAAGUGACCAGGCAUAGUCAAAGCCUAUUUGAUGUGAGCAUCCAACUUUAGGAACAGCUUCGUCCUAUUAUACACCCCAUACAGUACAGGCAUAUAGAAAUACUGAAGCCCAAGCAUACUGCAUUUGUCUCUCGGGAACGACAACAUGAAUUUUUGAAGAGUGAAAGUUUUAUUUCAACAGUCCUUCUUUCUUAGUAUUUCUCAAGCUUAUGGGCUAAAAGGAAACAUUUUUACACUUCGAUGCUAUAUGUACAUCAACAAAGAAAACAAUUUUGAAA